GGUCGAGGUGAGGUCAGAGGGUAAAGGCCAUUCACCCAGCAUCCUCAGUUGUGGAAUACACACAGCCAUCUUGGAUCUACGAGAAGAAGAGAAAUUAAUGCGGUGACAAACAGCAUGUUUAGUGCUACAAGAAAGAAGUUUGUAGAGGGGGUCGAAAGUGACUACCCUGAUGAAAGCAUGUACUACGGCCAGCCAUCGAUGUUCCCACCACAUCGAUCAGAAAAAGACAUGUUGGCAUCUCCAUCACCAUCGUCGUCAGGUCAAUUGUCGCAGCUCGGCGCCAGUUUAUACGGGCAAAGUGCACUAGGGUUCCCGAUGAGGGGCAUGAGCAACACCAACCCGCAGCUGAGCCGGAGCUUGACGCAGGGCAGCCAGCUCCCCAGCCACGUCACGCCCACCACCGGCGUGCCCACGCUCUCCCUGCACACUCCGCCCUCGCCAAGCAGGGGGAUCCUUCCGAUGAACACCCGGAACAUGAUGAACCACGCGCAGGUGGGCCAGGGUAUGAGCGGCAUGAGCGGGCGCAGCAACAGCAUGGGCAGCUCGGGACUGGGCAGCCCCAACCGCAGCUCGCCCAGCAUCAUCUGCAUGCCCAAGCAGCAGCAGGCGCGCCAGCCACUCACCAUCAACAGGGAUAGCGAGCAAGCUGAUUGGAUGAUCCAGAAGGGCACUCUAAGAACAUUUGGAGCCAUAGGCCUUAGUAUGUCGGGGUUUGGGAUGAACAGGAAUCCAGCGUUCGGAAUGAACAGCUCGUUAUCGAGCAACAUCUUCAACGGAACGGACGGGAGCGAAAAUGUUACGGGGCUGGACCUUUCGGACUUCCCUGCGUUAGCGGACCGGAGUCGGAGGGAAGGAAACGCCAAUCCAACUCCACUGCUUAACCCACUGGCUGGGAGAGCCCCUUACGUUGGAAUGGUCACAAAGCCAUCGAACGAACAGUCUCAAGACUUCUCCAUCCACAACGAGGACUUCCCUGCACUGCCUGGGCCCAACUACAAGGACCCAACGUCGAGUAAUGACGACAGCAAAACGAACCUGAACUCAUCGGGCAAAAGCGUAUCCAGCACAGACGGUCCUAAGUUCCCCGGGGACAAGAGCUCAACAGCACAGAACAACAACCAGCAGAAGAAAGGGAUCCAGGUGUUACCUGAUGGUCGGGUGACGAACAUUCCCCCAGGCAUGGUGACAGACCAGUUUGGCAUGAUCGGCCUGUUAACGUUCAUCCGGGCGGCGGAGACGGACCCGGGCAUGGUGCACUUGGCGCUGGGCAGCGACCUGACAACACUAGGCCUCAACCUGAACUCGCCAGAAAAUCUCUACCCCAAAUUUGCCUCCCCUUGGGCAUCUGCACCUUGUCGGCCUCAGGACAUCGACUUCCAUGUUCCGUCUGAAUACUUAACCAACAUUCACAUAAGGGACAAGCUGGCUGCAAUAAAGCUGUCGCGGUACGGAGAAGAUCUGCUGUUCUACCUGUACUACAUGAACGGAGGCGACCUCCUACAACUACUCGCAGCAGUAGAGCUGUUUAACCGGGACUGGAGGUACCAUAAGGAGGAGCGGGUUUGGAUCACGCGGGCGCCAGGGAUGGAGCCUACAUUAAAGACCAACACCUACGAGCGGGGGACGUACUACUUCUUCGACUGUCUUAACUGGAGGAAGGUAGCUAAGGUAAAGGAGUUUCACCUGGAAUACGACAAGCUAGAAGAGCGGCCUCAUGUUCCAUCCACCUUCAACUACAACCCCGCUCAGCAGGCCUUCUGAGCUGUCCGCCCUGCUCGCAGUCGUCACGGCGACAGGGGUAUGGCUGUCCUGGCUUGUCACUCACUGAACUGGCAGAUAGAUGGCGCUGUGGCUCAGGCAUCCUGUUUUUUUUAAAAAAAACAACAACAACAAACAAACAAACACAAAUGUUCCUCAACGGAUCGGCUAAAUUGACUCGGGUUGGGAGCCCCAUCUCGCCAUGUUUGGCUGUGGGGUCCUGCCUUUCAGAAUUAUGUGCUGCCCAAAAAAAAACCACACACACACACUCUCGUUUGUUUUCCUCUCCUUUUCUCUUCAUUUCUCUCUUUUUUUUUUAAAGACGAGGCAAAAAAGGUUAAUUUUAUCCUUUUCUUCUGUUAUUCCUUUCCCCGUUUCGGACCGUCUGAGUUUCAUUUUCCUCUUUAAUUUUUAUUUCCUUUUGGGUUUACACCUAUGCCUGUAAGGCAGGAUGACAGACUGAGACACUCACUCUGACCAUAACAGAACAAGGUUUAUACUUCAUUCUUUGAAGUGUUCAAGCGUUCAUAGCGAGCGAAUGGAAAUGAAGCAACCUCCAUUGAGUACAGUAUGACCCUGGGACAAACAAAAUGGAGGCCUGGAGAGAAUGCAAUGUUCAUUGUAGUACUAUUUGGUAAUAAAAGAACACAAAAAUAUUUGUGAUUUUUAUUUUUCAUUUUAAAUGUGAGCGCACUUCUCUUUCUUUUACCAAGACUUAGCAGCCCCCUUAACAACACAUUCACGCUUCUUCUUGGCUUGCCCCUUCACCCCCUGAUCAACACCACCCCUUGAACCAGUGCAUGUAGUGCCUCACCCAUCUCGUCUCAUCUCAUUUCGUCACAUUUCCCAUUUUGCUGCCCAGCUUCAACAAAAAACAAGCAAAAACAAAAAUGGAAACAGUUGGAGACUUGUUUAAGAGACUGUCUUGGCUACACUCCAUUUUUACCUCUAGGGCUUGUUCAACAUUCACUGAGCUUUGAAGAAUGAGCUUCGUCGUCAUUCUUCGACGCAUGAAGAAACCACAAAACCCAAACACUGUCUAGUCUUUGUUACAAGUUUUGUAAUAAAUGUGUACAUUUCUUUUUUUUCCUUUUUUAAACUUUUUUUUGGACAUCACAUGAAUAAAUAUAUGUAUGUA